AUGUCGAGAUCGCAGCGGCACGCGAAUGGAGGAGGGAAGGGCAACGCGGAUGUUGCCAAGUACCGCGAUGCUUGCCCGGCGAGCCGCUCCGACUCUGAGAUUGUGGAGCUGGUGAAAAAGAUGGGAGGUGACCAGGCCAAGAUCCAGAGCGCUCUUGAGGACUGGUGGCAAAACGACCAAGGUGAGUGGGCGACGGCCACGACGAAGAAAAAGAAACAGACCGCUCCUCAGCACCACCACCACCCUCGUGGCGGCGGCGGUGGCUACGCCAACGGGCGGGGUAUGGACGAUCGGAGGGGCGGGCGCGGAGGCAUGGCGGACAAGAUGCGGGGGCUCCGCCUCGACGGUGACCGCGGCGGCUACCGCGGAGGAGGCGGCGGCGGCGGGCGGGGUAGGGGACGCAGCGCCCCCCCGGCCGGCGGCCGUGGCGGCGGCGGUGGCCGCGGGAGCGGUGGAUCUCACCACUCGGGCGGCUGGGGCGGCGCCCCUGCUCCCAGCGGAGGCGGCGGCGGUGGUGCUUGGAACGGCAGCAGCAGGUCAAGUUCAAUCCCUCCUCAGGCCGCUAAUGCGUCGACGGAGUCUAGCGGUGGCUGGGGGGCGUCGGCAAAGGCACCGGCGGCCGGGAGCGCGUGGACGGGCGACGGUCCCGCCGCAGUAUCUGAAGCCGCCGCCGCAGAUGCCGGCACCGAUUCGUCCCCCCCCGCUGCCGCGGUGCCGGCCGCGUCCGGAGGUGGAGGGUGGGCAGCAGCCGUAGGAGGCAGCGCGCCGACCUCAUCGCCGGGACCCUCUGCCUCCGCCGCGGCGGCAUCGGGCGGCUCCUCCGGAUGGAGCGGCGGGAGCGGAGCCGCUGCUGCUGCUGGGUCUUCGUCUUCUUCCCAGGCGCCGAUGGCGCACAACGGUUGGUCGAGCAGCGCGCAGGACCCCGUGGCUCCGGGGCCGGUGGGCAGCGGAAGCGGCUCGCUCGGAGGAGCAGCAGCAACAGCUGGCGGCUCGGCGGCGGGCGCCCCCCAGCCGCCGCCGCCAAAGGAGGAAGACGCGGCUGCCUGGGCGCAGUCGAACCUGCCAGCGACCUCGGCGUGGAGCCGCGGCGCGGCAACGAUCAUCAACCCCAAGCCGAAGCCGGUGCCCGUGCCGCCGCCGGUGGCGGCGCCUGCAGCGCCACCGGCGCCCGCCGCCCAGCCCGCACCCGCACCCACCGCCGCCGCCCACCCCACCCUUCCGGUAGUGGCGUCGCCUGGAGGGGAGGCGGUGGCGGCGACGCCGCCGCAGACCCCCCGACCUCAGGGCUCCAUGCCUUCGGUGGCGGAGACGGCGGCGGCGGCUGCGGCUUCGCCCGCGAUUGGUUCCCCCGCGGUGGCGGUUAGCUCGCCGUCGCCGGUAGCGCGCCCGGCGGUAUCGGCGGCCGCUGUCGCUGUCACUGCGCCGGUGCAGGUGGCCAGCGACUCGGUGGCGGUGGCGGCCGCUGCUGCGGUGGCGGCGGCGCCGUCGCCUGUAACGGCGGCGGUGGUGACCCCGGCGACCGCGCCUGGCUCUCAGCUCCACCUUCAGAAGGCGCAGGCGCAGGAGGCUUCGGCUGUGUCUAAGCCUACGGCGGCCACGGGCGCCUCUGCCCCCGGAGAGGGCCUGAAGAUGGGCAAGUGGGGAUUGAGCGACACGAUCGCCAACGACGAGUCAUUCUUGAGCUUCGGCCAGCUGUCGUUCGGCGUACCGGACGUUGGGGGUCCGGAAAGCCAGUCCCAGCAAACAUCGACGUCAGUCGGGACGAGCGCUGGGAACGGGUGGGGCGCGACGUCGGGAUCGGCUAUGGGUUGGGGAACGAAGGACACGGCAACCUCCCCCGUAGAGACUCCGGGUACCAAGCCACCGGGAUUCUCGUCUACGGUAACGGCGUCGCCGUCGGUGCCGGUAGGCGCGGGCCCACCCCCGGGGCUCCCUCCUCUCGGCAACGUAAAGCAGGUGCAUGAGCUGGAGGCAGAGAUGGACAGCCUUAACAAGCCGCACUCGCAGUUUUCGCAGGUGUCGAAGGCUCAGAGCAAGCUUCCGGCUGCGCAGCAGCCGCAGGUGCAGCCGCAGCCGCAGCAGCAGCCAGUGCAGCAGCGGCCGGCAAGGCAGCAAGGAGGCCGAGGCGGCUACAACAGCAAGCCGCAGUACUCCAACAGCGGAUCUCUCCCUCAGCAGCAGACCGCCAGCGGCGGCGGCGGGAGUUCUAGUGGCGGCGUUUCGGGGACCGGGGGACCGGGCGGUAUGGGAGGGAUGCAGCAAGGGCAGCAAGCACCCCAGCAGGCACCACCCCCGCAGCAGCAGCAGGGUUACGCGCCCACACCGCCCGGUAUGCCGGCGCAGGUGGGGUACCAGUACACCCCUUCCGGCCAGGCCUACGGAAGCAUUUACUACGGCCAGCAGGGGCCGGUCCAGUCCAACCCCUACCAAUACGGGUACCCGCCACACCAGUACCCGCCGAGCGCAAGCCAGUACCAGCAGGGGGGCGGCGGACAGCGCUUCCCGAACAUGCCUCGCGGGUACCCGGCUACAGAGUACGGGAGCCAGGGCGGGAUGGGAAUGGGCUACGGCCAGAUGGACUACUCGGCGAGCAGCCAGUACGGUGUACCGCCUAACGGGAACGGGUACAUGAGCGACGUGGGCAAGGAGCAGUACGGCGACUUCGGCCAGGACCAGUUCGGCAUGCCCCAGCAGAUGUCCGGCCAGGGUGGCGGCGGCGGCGGCGGCGGUGGGAGCGGCGGCACCUCAGGCGGCGCCGGCGGCGCCGGCAGCGGCGGCGCAGGCGUGUUGGCGGAAGCGUCUCUGACAAGGUUUCCUCGGGCUCGCAGCUUUUCGGCCGGUGCCGGCGGCGGCGGCGGCGGCGGCAGUGGGGGAAGCGGCAGCGGAAGCGGCGGCGGCGGCGUGAACAGCCACUACGGCGGCGGCGGCGGCGGCGGCGGCGGGCACAACAGCCAGGGCAGUCGCCAGGCGCAGGGCAUGUACGGCGGCGGCGGCGGACAGGGCAGCGUUCCCCAGCAGGGGGACAGCCAAGGCGGUCACGGAUGGCAGGGGCAAGGCUCCGCCUACCCGGGCCACCACACGUCGAACGCCGGAGGGUGGGGAGGGGGGGCGGGGAUGAUGCCCCCAGGCGGCCCCCAGCACCACUACCAGCAGAGCCCCCCCCCGCCCGGCGGAAGCAUGCAGUCGCAGCAGUACGGCUACGGCAGCACCGGUAACGGCGGCGACUCGUGGGGCAACGGCCGCUAAGACACGAUCGUCCUCUCCUCUUGUUCCUAUCGUUUCUCUCCGUUUUGGCCCUCCGGUUCGGCUGGGGGUUGCAAACGAGGGGGGGGGGGAGGGAGGGGGGGG